AUGUCGAUACAAUUAAUCACUUCUGAGGAGCUAAAGGUUUUUCUAGAUGAUGUGCGAAAGAAUAUUGAUUCUGAUGACAGCACUGAUUUCAAAAGGUUAAUUCUAUAUUUAUUCAGUUUUACCAACCACAAAUUGAAAAAUAAUGAUUAUGAGUAUUUAGAUGAUCUUUUUGAGGUAAUAGAGCUAGUUGUGGAUAGGAAAAAGUUUUUGUUGAAUAGCAUGAUUAACAAGGAAGAUGUGAAGAACGUUCAUGUUCCACCCAAUUUGGGGAGCGAAGAAAUGAUGCUCUAUGAGUGGUUUUUUUCGCUCUUUUUGGAGCAUCUUUCAAACCCUUCACUCAACAACUCGGUUCUCAAUGAUUUAAAAUGCUUCAUUAUAAAUGUCAUAAAGCUUGUUACAUCAAAAUUAAAUGAAAUGAGAUAUAUCAAUAUUAUUCGACAAAGUUUGUUAGAAUUCUCUGAUAACAAUUUAAAGUAUCUAUUUGAUAACUUAGGACGUUCAAAUAAGAAAUCUUCGAGCAAAUUGUUUGCUAAUGUGCAUUUGUACUCGAUUUUGAAUGACUACGACUUAUCGCUCAAGUUGCAUUUAUUUGGCUAUCAAGUAAAAAUCGAAAGUUACGCAAGAAAGUUGUGGUUUUUGUUGAAUGAUCCAUUAUCUGAAAUGGAUCUCACAAUAGCUAGCAAUCUCAAAUCUAUUUUGAUUUUGAGUUCAACCAACUAUGUGUGUGUAAAUUAUACAGCAAGUUGGACUCAGAUUGCGUUGAUUUUGGAUUGGCUAAAUGAUCAUAUAAAAACUUGGAAUAUCAAAAAUAACAGCGUUAAUUUAAUAAAUUGUAUUUGUCAUUCUUUACUCAGUUUAUUAAAGCUUUGUCUAAAGAGGGAAACGUUGGAUAACUUUAUCAAUGGCAUAAAAUUCUCUCAAUUAUUUGGUAUUUCAUCAAGAUUUUUGCCCCAUAACAUACUCAAAACAAUGCAUUUGAUCAACUAUACGUAUCAAUUGAGUUUGAAAAUAAAAGUGGAGAUCGGGAACCUUCAAUCGUCAAACUUGAACCCCUUAAUAGUUACUCCGUUUGAGGAUUCAGAUCUUGAAUUCUUAAGGUUAGAACUCCUUGACAUACUUCAUAAAAGCGAAAUUGAUCAAGUUUCGAGUCUUUUGGAAUUCAUUAAUAGUGAAAAAUCGUCACCUCGAAAUGCGGGUCUGAAUUUUGAUUUUUCUGGUUGGCUCUCUAACGUUGAAAAGAUCACAGAAAAGGAUGCGAAAGGGCAGGUACUAUUAAAGAGAUGUUCUCUAUAUACUUUGAUAUCUUCUUUGGGUACCUUUCCAUGCCUAUUGAAUAAAGAUUUUGAUUUGGAGACUGGAGAGUGCUUACGAUGUGGUAAUUGUCCUAUGGCUAAAAAUUUCUAUGAAAGUAUCGCAUCCGAUAGAAAACUGGUUUUGGAUUCUCACUUAACGUCAUGCUACUAUAAAGAAAUCAUAUGCAACUUUUUUUUAGGCGUAAGGCAAGAAGCUAUCACGAAUGAUCCGAUUCUCUGCUGUAACUUGUUAUUGUCCAUUUUUAAGUUAUUUGCAAGUUAUAGUCCGCCGAUGAGAACUCUAGAAAGUGAGCCGAUAUUUUUGUUUAUUUUUGAUCAGUUAGCAAACAACAAAAAUAGAGACGUGAGACUACUAUGCUCCAGAAUUUUGCCUUUAUAUUUAAUACAAAGUGAUGAUAAACUAAGAGAGAAUAAUUUCAAAUUUAUUUUUCAGAACAUCAAUUGUAUUGAUUUUUCUACUGAAAAUAGGAAGCAGUUUGCAGAGUCGACAAUAAAGUGUUUAGUGGAAAUUUCAAUCAUUGCAAAUGGAGAAUGGUUAUGUGUUUUGAUAAUUAAAUUAGCGGAUUUAUUUGGUGAAAGUAAUGAUCAGCAUGUUAAUUACGUAUUCAAUGCAUUUUUACACAUUGCAGCGGCAAAAUCAUUAACCCCAUACAAGUUACUUUCUCCUUAUUUACCCAGUAUUGCCGAAAGAAUUAUAAAAAAACCUAGGAUGCUCAGUAAGAUUACAGAACUAUUGGGUGUCACUAAAAAGUAUUUUCUUUAUAGAACCAGAGAGUAUACGACGCCCAGGUUUCUCGAAUACUACAAACAUGACUUCAUACAAGAAAUUGCUGAUUCGUUCAAUGUUUCCAAGUGGAAGUUGAUAGCCAAAAGUUUGCCACGUAUAGUUGCCACAUAUUUGGUAAAAGAUGAUCAGAUUAGGGAAGAUUAUAUAUUGAAUGUUCUAGGUAAUGCCAGCCCGGAAUUCAAAUCAGUGACUAUGAAUGAUAUUAUUUCAAGUGUAGGUGAGAUCACAUGGUUCAUUAUCUUACAGAUUCAAGUCAAUGAAAACGGUCUUAUUUUAAAUGAAGCUAGAAUCAUGAACGCAUUAGCGUAUGUCGCGAAAAUAAACAUGAAGCAGCAAGAGGCUGGAAAACUGAGAAUGUCAAGGGACGACUAUGUCAAAUAUUUACUUGAGGAGCAUGUUUUGGAAUUAGUCCAGAGAUUUAGUGAGAAUGUUCAUCACAUAAAGGGAACCAGACCAUACUUGGAAAAAGUGAGUUCAUUGAGAGCUAUAACGUUUUUAAUAGAAAAGCAUAUUAAAGCAGUUACCACCGCAUUGGGACAAAUAUCUACAUGUUUGCAAGCAUCCCUUGUGAACCCAGAAUUUGAGUUAUUAGCGAUAAAGUGCUGGAACUCGUUAAUUCAAAAUCUCCCAUCUGAACAUUUAAUAUCAUUAUUAGACAUAAUUGUCUCCAUGAUAUUUCAAAGAUUUAAAUAUUUCGAAAACAGAACGAAAGAGAUUGCAAUUGAAAUAUUGAGGAAGAUUUUCAAUGAGAUAAAUGGAAGAUAUAACACAUAUUCGUUGUAUUAUCUAUCGAUCCCUUUCAUAGAUCAAAUUCAAGAUUACAAACCUAUUAACACUUUCAAGUUAAUGAAACCCAUUUCAAAAUCCAAGUACUUUCAGGAAUAUACCAGAAGAUUAAAUACGAAUAACAGAUACGUUGUACAACAGGCGCUUGAUGAUUUGCACCACUUCACUACUCUCUAUCAAUUGAACUGCCAAAAAGAUUUUUUCAAAGAUGCACUCAUCUCUGAUCACAUUAGUGAAUUAAUUCGGGCUCUUUUGGAAACUUCAUCCAAGUUUAAGAAUAGCAACCGGAAAAUUGCAACGAGCUCUGCUAAAGUUUUAUCAAUCCUUGGAUCUCUAGAUUCAAAUAAGUUCAAUUUCAAGACUAUGAAAAAGAGAAUAAUUAUAAUUCACGAUUUUUACGAUCGUAAAGAAAAUGCAGAAUUUUUGAUAGAUUUCAUAGAGACUAAAAUUUUGAAUAUCUUUUGGGCAUCCAAUGACCCUGUUAAGCAAUUAUUUUCGGCUUACGCAAUGCAAACCUUUUUGCAAGUUUUGGGUCUUGAUUCUAAGGUGAGUGAGGAGCACAGCGAAAAUUUUGCGAGAGAAACAUGGAGUAAGUUCAGUGAUAUUGCAAAAUCCACCUUGACACCUUUAUUAUCAUCCAAAUACGUGUCCCCACUUUCAAGGUACGAACCCAUGGAAUUUCCUUUUUAUAAAGUUACCAUGAAAUAUGAGAGAUGGCUAACUUAUUUUACUUCGAACUUGCUUAAGAGACCUUUGGCAAGCGUAGUGAAUAACAAAAGCGAAGAUAACACGAAGGAGGUUAUUUUACGCACAUGCGCGAUGUUGAUACGAGAUCAAGAUAUCACUCUUUGCCAAUAUCUUUUAAAAUACAUUUGUUUGAGUCACAUUAGUAAUGGAAGUGAGGAUGUCUGCAAUGAUAUCAAGAAGGAGUUUUUGACGAUUUUGCAUAUUCGUGCUUCCAAGUCUUUGCCAGACAGGGUAGAACUGUUAAAGGCAUGUUAUCAAUCUAUUUUUGAAGUUCUUGACUAUAUUAACGAGUGGAUUUCAGCUGCAAAUCAAUAUUUAAAUGAUCAUCAUAUGUCAAAAUCCGAUAAUCUUAAAGUCAGAAAGAAUAUUGAUUUUUGCAAUAACUUUUUGCAAAGUAUCCCUAUGGAUCUAAUUGCGAUCAAAUCGGCUGAAUGUGACUCAUACGAGAGGACUAUUUUCUAUUUGGAAAAGUGCUUCAGAGAUGGUAGAGCGGACGAAUUUCAUAACAUUGAUAAUAUCAACGUUAUCACCACAUUGCAGUCGAUGUAUUCAAAUAUAAAUGAUUUCGAUGCACUCAAUGGUAUUUUAAAGAGUUUCUCUACCAACAAUUUAACGGAAAAGUUGGUAACUUUCCAGUAUAACGAAAAUUGGUCCUUGGCACAGGAAUCUUUUCAAGUUCUAGGCGAAUCAGGUAGCGAGAAAGACAAAAUAAACUUUAAUACUAAAUAUUUGAAGUCAUUGAGCGAUUGUGGUCUCUAUAAUGAGGUUCUUUCGACUUUGACUUCGAAAGUCGAUUUUGAUGAUAUAGAGUCAAUUCCACUAGAGUGGUCAAUAGUUGGUUUACUGGCAUCUAUUGUUUCUGCAGACUUAUCUCAAAUGAAGAAAUGGUUGUUUGUUAUUGAUUCAAUUGGCCAGCCACUGGAUGUGGAGACUUCAAUAAAUUAUGAAUUAGCUGUUGGGCUCAAACAUGCCUUUUCAAACGACGGUGAUGGAUUCAAUCAUUGCGUACAAAAGAUUUAUGACAUCAUUGGAGCUGCGUUGGUACCGCCCAUAUCUUCGAGCUUUUCGAGAAAUACAUUCUUGAUGAAUCAAUUGCAUGCUCUCUAUGAUUUAAAUUUGAUACUUCAGCCAUAUUUUGAUAAAAACGAAGUCGCAAAGAGGAAGAAUGAGGCUAUUUUAGCUGCGAGGAUUGGCAAUAUUGAUCAAAGUUUUUAUACUCAAUGGAACGUAUUGGCAAUGCAUAGGGUAGCAAAUACAAUAAUAAUGAAUGAAAGAAAGAUAGCUGAUAUCUUGUUGCAUAGCUCAUCAAUAGCGAGAGAAAAUAACAGAUUGGACAUUUCUACUCGCUCUAUAAUGAAGGCAAUGUCUCUUGAUGACCAAGAAGCAAAUAUAGAAUAUACCGAGCUUUUGUGGGCUCAAGGAAAACAAACUGAAGCAAUCAAAUCUCUUUCAGAGAUUUUAAACGAUGAUGAUUUCAAGGAUAAUAGACAAAAAUCUAAAGUACAAUUACAAUACGCAGUUUGGUUGGAUGAAUCAAACCAUAGCUCCUCAUCAACUAUUAUAAGUGAAUAUUCUAAGGCGUUUAAGAUUGAAAGCUCAUGGGAGAAGCCCUAUUAUGACCUAGGCAAGUUUUACAAUAAAGUUAUGGAAUCAAAGCAUGAUAAUUCAGGCUACUAUGAGCACCAAAUUAUCAGGCACUUUUUAAAAGCCUUGGCACUCGGCAACUCUUUCAUAUUUGAAGCUCUUCCAAAGCUCAUUACUAUAUGGCUCGAUUUUGCUCAGAAAAAGGGCCACACAAAGGAAGCAGAGAGAAGAUUGAAUCAAAUUAUUAUUGAUGUGGAAAAAUACGUUGACAAUAUACAAGUUUAUGUUUGGUACACGUCAAUAACACAAAUACUAUCUAGGAUUGUACAUUCACAUGAGCCUUCUGCGAGGCUUCUAAGUUUGGUAAUUUCAAAAAUCAUAAAAUCAUAUCCUAAGCACAGUUUGUGGUAUGUGCUCUCACAUUUGAAUUCUAAUGAUAAUCUUAGAAGAGAGAGGGCUAAGAGUAUUCUAAAAACUUUGCUGACAAGUGAUUCUCAAUUCAAUUCAAAAUUUUCAAAUGCUUCGGACUUAUUCCAAAACUUUAUAAAAAUAGCAAAUUUUAAAAUUCAAAAAAAAUCUGUCCGAAGGAUGUCAUUAGUGGGUGACUUUGGGUUGUCUCUCCUUACAAACCCUUAUGAUUCACUAGUUAUUCCAGUUCGCUCAAAUUUAGAAAUAAGAUUGCCUGCCUCAACAACAUCUAAAUUUUCAGCAUUUCCUAAAUCCGCUUCCAUUACAUUUGAUGGCUUUGAUGAUAAUGUCAAUAUAUUUCAUUCCCUACAAAUGCCUAGACAAGUGACCAUUCGUGGCUCAGAUUUGCGACCUUAUAGACUAAUGAUCAAAAAAGAUGAUACCAGGAAAGAUGCCAAAGUGGUUGAGUUCACCACGAUGAUAAAUAGAUUGCUCACAGCUAGCAAUGAGGCAAGAAAAAGGAACUUAUUCAUCGCAAAUUAUUCAGUAAUCCCUUUGGCAGAAAAUAUGGGUGUUAUUGAAUUCGUUCCAGAUGUUGCAACUAUGAAAAGUGUAGUUGGAGAACAAAGAAAGGCAAUGGGAAAGGUGGUAAAUGAACGAAAGUUAUUUAUCAAACUUGACGAAGCUCAAAAAACUCUUAAAAAUAAAAAAGGAUCCUCGAACCAUGAUUUUAUGAAAGAUUUAGUUGAACUAUUCUCAAAUGUUUGUCGUAAUAAUCCUCCUGUGUUACACAGUUGGUAUAUUAAGCAGUUUCCUGAUCCCACAGUUUGGUAUCUUGCGCGUAAUUCAUUUACCAGAUCCUCAGCUGUGAUGUCAAUAGUCGGAUAUAUAGUUGGGUUAGGUGACCGACAUUGUGAAAAUAUUUUGUUUCUAAAGAAGAAUGGCUUAGUUUUGCAUAUAGAUUUCGAUUGUCUCUUCGAAAAGGGAAGGACCCUACCAACUCCUGAAAUUGUUCCAUUUAGAUUGACCCAAAACAUGGUGGACGCAAUGGGAAUAACGGGUAUCGAAGGAACAUUUAGGAUCAGCUGUGAGGUAACCGGACAAUUGCUAAGAGAUAAUGAAGCGCCAUUGAUGAACAUUUUAGAAACUCUAUUAUACGAUCCCUUAUUGGAUUGGAAAACACAUCAAAACCCACAAGAGCAUUUGAGAAAGGUUCGUAGAAAAAUCCGUGGUUUGAUAAGUGAAAAAGAGGAGCUACCGAUGAAUAUUAACGGGCAAGUUGACAUAUUAAUACAAGAAGCGGCUUCCGUGGAAAAUUUAUGCCAAAUGUAUGGUGGAUGGGCCCCAUAUAUUUGA